AUGGUCACGUCUUGGAAGCAGGCUUAUCUAUGUACGCCUAAUAUGAUGCAAGGUAGUCUUCAAUCCCCCAAUAUUUGGUCACCUCCUCCAGAAGGGAAAUUAAAGUGUAAUGUUGAUGCAGCUUUAUUGGAAGACAAUGUUGGUUUUGGUGCGGUUAUUAGAAACCAUGAUGGCAUAUUUGUAGCAGCCUAUGCCGGGCAUUUGCAAUGUGUUCGAGAUCCCUACAUCGCCGAGACUGUGGCAGUGAAAGAAGCUCUCACCUGGAUUAAGAAUCGCUCAAUGGCUUCUGUUAUUUUUGAGUCUGACUCAAUGCCCCGUUUGAUUGCUAGAGACAUUGAGGACGUUGUUGUCCGCCAUGUCAGAAGGUCAACUAAUCAUGUAGCUCAUGUGCUUGCACAGGCGACUGAUCAUCCAGCUGUCCUUGGUGUGUGGGAUUACAUUCCACCUAGUUGUAUUUCGGAGUUGGUUCCUUAUUAA